CCAGCCCUGAUUCACCAGGAAGCACCAUGUCUGCUGUGUAUGGAGGGGUGGAAGGAGGAGGGACGCACUCCAGAGUAAUUCUGAUCUCUGAAGAUGGGCAGAUUCUCUGUGAAGAAGAUGGGCCCUGUACCAAUCACUGGCUGGUUGGCGUUGAUAAGUGCUUGGAUGCCAUCAAUCUCAUGGUGACAGAAGCGAAGAAGAAAGCUGGUUUGGACCCAGAAUGUCCCCUGAAAUCUCUGGGAAUGUCUCUGAGUGGUGGUGAGCAAAAGGAGGCCAUUGACAACAUAAUCAAGGAGAUGAAGACGCGCUUCCCACAGCUCAGUGAAAGUUUCCAUAUCAGUAAUGAUACAAUUGGUGCUAUGGCCACUGCUACAAGGCACGGUGGCGUGGUGCUGAUAUCGGGUACUGGGUCCAACUGUAAACUUGUCAAUCCAGAUGGGUCCGUUGUUGGCUGUGGGGGCUGGGGUCACCUAAUGGGAGACGAAGGAUCAGCGUACUGGAUUGCACAUUUAGCCAUGAAAACGGUCUUUGAUGCCACUGAUAACCUUGCAGAUCCUCUUUAUGGAAUUGACUUUGUGAAGCAAGCCAUGUUCAGCUACUUCCAGGUUUCCAAUCGAUUGGGAAUCCUGACCCACCUGUACCGGACCUUUGAGAAGAGCAAGAUUGCUGGGUUCUGCGUGAAGUUGUCUGAAGGAGCUAAUCAGGGGGAUCCUCUAUGUUGCCAUCUAUUCCGGAGAGCUGGUGAGGUCCUUGCUCGUCAUGUGGUGGCAGUACUCCCAAAGAUAGACAAGGUCCUGUAUGAGGGCCACCUCGGCCUGCCAAUUCUGACUGUGGGGUCUGUGUGGAAUAGUUGGGACCUAAUGAAAACUGGUUUCACAGAAGUCUUGUAUAACGCCCACAAGAACCAGGCAGGAAGCUCACUGACAUGUUUCAGUCUUCUGAGCCUCAAGCAGUCAUCGGCAGUGGGAGGAGCCUAUCUUGGAGCCCAGAAUAUCGGAUACAUUCUGCCUCUAAACUACGAGGCCAAUGUAAAUGUCUUCUACGAACAUUCUUUUUCAUAAACCCAGAGGAUCUGCAAUCACUCUGUGAAGAAAAUUAUCCUUUUAUAUAAGACACAAAACCAACCGUCAUUAUUCUCACCUUGUGUCAGGGUAGAUUAUCCUUCUUCCUCAGCAACAUAUCCAGACUCCCAAUCUGCACUGUAGAAACUGUCUGUACACUGUGUUGAUCAUUUUUAAAUCUGUUCAAUAGUUUUUUGUUAUUU